AUGGCAGAUAUCACCAUCAACGAUAUAGACCUACAAGCCGUCAAGGGCAAAGUCGUCCUCAUGACCGGCGGCUCCUCAGGCAUCGGCCUCGCAACCACAACCCUGCUCUUGAGUCUUGGAGCCAAAGUCGUGAACGGCGACAUGAACCCUCCUCUCUCAAACCCAAACUCUGACUCCUACACCUGGAUCCGCACCAAUGUGACAAUCUGGUCCGAUCUAGUCGCUCUCUUCAAAGGCACCUUGAACCAACACGGCCACAUCGAUCACGUCUUCGCCAACGCAGGAAUGCGACCAUCAACCUCCUAUCUCGCUUUGGAAGAAGAUCCCAACGGAAACCCAGUGGAGCCUUCCCAUCUGACCUUGGAUGUAAAUCUCAAAGGCGUAAUCAACACCGCUUCCUUGGGCUUGCACUACAUGCAAAAACAAACCCCUCCCUCACAAGGAAACUACAGCAUCGUACUGACCGCCUCCCCAUCCGCAUACCACCGUUUCCGCGCCGCAGACUACGGAAUCAGUAAACACGGCGUCCUAGGCCUAUUGCGCGGUCUCACACCCGUAACAUUUCCCUCCUUACCCAUUCGCGUGAACGCCUUAUGUCCAGGUUGGACAGCAACAGCACUAGUCGAGCAAGCCCAUUACAAAGGCGUAAACGUAAACCUCACAACAGCAGAGAAUGUAGCCAAAGCUGCCGUAUUGUUGAUGGCUGAUGAAAGCAGACAUGGGCAGAUGGUGUUGAGUGUGGGAGAUAGGUAUAGAGAGGUCGAAGAGGCGGUUUUGCUUAAAGCUAUGACUUCGGAGGUUAGAGGGCAGGAGUUGAGUGAGGAUGAGAUUUGUGCUGCGGUGACGGAGAAUAUGAUGAAGCAGGUACAGCAAUAA